AUGGCCGACGAAAAGACGCUCCGAGCCAGCAACGAGCCGGCGACGGAGAAAAAGGGCGGCGCCGAGGAUGUCGAGGCCGGCCAGUCGGGCCUGACGCGGUCUCUGCAGGGUCGUCACCUCCAGUUCAUCGCCAUCGGCGCCACGUUUGGCACUGGCUUGUUCCUCGGCACCGGUGCUGCGCUGGCCAAGGCCGGGCCGGCGUCCCUGCUCAUCGGCUUCGUCUUCAUCGGCCUCGUCGUCUACUCCGUCAUGGUGGCCCUUGGCGAGAUGGCCGCCUACAUGCCCGUCGCCGGCGCCUUCACCGUCUAUGCCAGCCGCUUCGUUGAUCCCACGCUGGGCUUCGCUAUGGGCUGGAUCUACUGGUUCAGCUGGUCCAUUACUUUCGGCCUCGAGCUCACCGCCGCCGGCCUCAUCAUCCAGUACUGGACCCAGGCUGUCAGCAUUGCCGUCUGGAUCGCCAUCUUCUGGGCCGUCUUCACCGCCGUCAACUUCUUCCCCGUCAGGUACUUUGGCGAGAUGGAGAUGUGGUUCUCCAGCAUCAAGGUCGUCACCGUCGUCGGCUUCAUCAUCUUCGGCAUGUGCAUCAAUGCCGGCGCCGGCAGCCAGGGCUACAUCGGCUUCAGGUACUGGACCUAUCCCGGCGCCUUUGCAGAGCACGUCGUGUCCGGCGCCUCGGGCAAGUUCGUCGGCUUCUGGACCGUCCUGAUCACCGCCGGCUUCAGCUACCAGGGCUCCGAGCUCGUCGGCAUUGGCGCUGGCGAGACCGAGAACCCCCGCAAGGCCAUCCCCCAGGCCAUUCGCUGGACCUUUUGGGGCAACUUCAUCCUCUUCGUCGGCACCGUCUUCUUCAUUGGCGUCAACAUUCCCUACGACAAUGCCGACCUGCAAAGCACCGCCCAGAACGCCUCUGCUUCGCCUCUCGUCAUCGUCGCCAAGCUUGCCGGCGUCCAGGUCCUCCCCGACAUCAUCAAUGCCGUCUUGCUGACUGCUGUGCUUUCCGCCGCUAGCUCCGACGUCUAUUCCAGCACUCGAAUCCUGUACGCUCUGGCCGACGAGGGCCUCGCCCCGGCCAUCUUCAAGAAGACGAACCGACUCGGCACGCCCUACUGGUCCGUCGCCUUCUGCUCGAUGCUCGGUCUGCUGGCCUUCCUCAACCUGUCCGAGAACGGCGAGACCGUCUUCACCUGGCUCCUCAACAUCACGGCCGUUGCCGGGUUCAUCGUGUGGGCUCUCAUCAACGCCUGUCACUUGCGCUUCAUGAAGGUCCUUCAGACCCGCGGACAGCCUCGCUCCUCGCUCCCCUAUGUCGCCCCGUUCCAGCCCUACUUGUCCUGGUUCGGCCUCUGCUUCAACCUCUUGAUCCUCUUGACCAGCGGAUUCACCGUCUUCAUCAAGUGGAGCACGAGCGACUUUUUCGUCAACUACGUCAGCAUCCUGCUCUUCCUCGUCCUGUUCUUGGGCCACAAGCUCGUCUUCCGCACCAAGACUGUCAAGAUUGAGGACAUUGACCUCAGCAUGGGACGCUCCGAGAUCUAA